GUAGCAAUUAUCAUUUUAAAGAAGCACUCAGGUUAAUUGGGGGGGUUUCAGCCUCUGUGCUGUGUGCUGGUAAACAUCUUUGUAUAGAAGAGAGCAAAAUAUGCUGCUUGAUUAGGGUAUGCUGUAAUUUCUGUGAGAACUCCCUGAUCCAUUGCUACCACCGAGCAUCCCUCAUUCUCCAUGGCAAUGCCACUUACCCUGACCAUCCAGAGAGGCUGUGGGCAGCAGUGCCUGGUCUGGCAGCACCCCACACACUGGGAGUAACCUGGGCAGGGGUACAGCCUCACAGCAGCAGCAGCAGCAAAUAGCAUAGCAAAUACUUGCAGUAGAGCAAAUUAGUUACAGGGAGUUCUGCAGGGGGGUUAUUUGGUUUAGUUCAAGGCAGAGCUGUUGGUUAGGUGAGGAGCAUCUCCAUACUUAGCUACCACAGAGGCUUCAGAACUCACAGGUGAGGAGAAAUGGGGCUCCCAAAGUGUUUUCCCAUAUCUUCUGCUGCUUCUAAUCUGGUUUGAGCAGAGCACGUGUGUCCUGGGGCCUGCCAGCAAGUGCCUGCUCCCAUAGCGGAGCACAGCAUCACUUGUCCCCAUCUGCAUCCUGUGUUACCUGGAAAAGACAGCAACAUGCAAGGGGAGGUCUCACCAUGUCAGUGGAAACCUUACUUGUCUCUUCAAUAAGAACACACCACUGCUUUGCUGAAACACAGAUAUUGCCUUAAACUGCAGUGAAACAGUUCUGAUAGAUUUUGCCUGGGGCUGUGCUAGUUGUACAGUGACUGGUAGCGAGCCCGUGGUUUCUUACCCAGUUAAUAGGCUGGUGAAGACUGGGCACAGCAGUAUCCCAGAAGAUACCACACACAGGCAGGAGCUCCUGCAUUGUUAUCAGAGAUACCCUCUUCCUGAAGCACAACACGUUGUACAAGUGCUGUAUCCACCCUGAACCUUUGUUUUCCCAUUCUGUUGCAGAAGCGAGCAGUAAAGGGGACGUGACUGCUGGCAGACUUCCCCAUGGCGCCGCAGAACUGUGUGACAAAGGGAAUAUGACUGCUAACACCUCUUCCCAUGUCCAGCCUGGGAGCAGCAUCACCCUCUCCUGCCAGCUGAAACCCCAGCAGCACAGCAAGCAGUGCAGGAUAGCUAUUUUCUUUAACAGCUCUGAACGCAAUAGCAGUUACAGCAGUUCAGUAAGCACCAGGUUUCUAGUCCAUACCUAUGGCAAACACAUGUUUACGUGCAAAAUACUUUGUGAAUAUGGGAAAAAACUCAUUUGUGGAAUCGAUAUUGAGUCUGGAAAUCCUCCAGAUGAGCCAAGAAACGUGUCGUGUGUCCAGCAUGGAACUGAUGGUCACCCCAUCUGCACCUGGGAUAAAGGCAGGCUCACGUACAUCAACACUACAUAUGUAGUACAGCUAUCAAAUGGGACAGAUGUCUUAUACAUCUCAGAAGAAAGCCUGGACACGAGGUUUGGCUCGCUGGCUCUGAGCAAGCUGAACUUUGACUCUACUUACACCAUCGUGGUUGCCGCCUCCAACGAGCUAGGAAGUGCCUUUUCACAGCCUCUCGUGUUCAUGUUAAUAGACAUAGUGAAACCACAUCCUCCCAAGUUUUCAGUGGAAUUUGAGCAUUCUUCUGCCACCAACUGCACCCUUUCUUGGCACGACGAAGCACAAGCGCAGCUCUGCAGGCUGAGAUACCGUCCACUUACCAGGCACGCCUGGAGCAUGGUUGAAAACGUUCAAGGUGAAAAAUGCAGUCUUUAUGGUCUGGAGCCUUAUACAACCUACGAGUUCCAGCUCAGCUGUAAAAUCCACCCCAAGCAAGGACUGUGGAGUAACUGGAGCACGUACCAGAACCGGACUCCAGAGGCAGUGCCAACAGGGGUCCUGGGCGUCUGGUACCGACAGCAGGACGUGGGCUCCCAGCAGCAGAACAUCUCUCUGUUUUGGAAGGCUUUGAGCAAAUCGGAGGCAAGAGGAAGAAUCCUGCAGUACACGGUGACCUUCAAAGCCCUGGACCAGCAGAGCCCCGUGGCAGAAGCACACCUUACCACCCAAACCAGCUAUGCCAGGGUCAUGCCAAGGGUAAACUACAAGAUAACAGUCACUGCCGAGAACUCAAGGGGCAGAUCCCCCCCUGCAUCCAUCACAACAGACCUGGGCAUCCAGGAUCUACCUCCUCCUCAGGAAGUCUCUGCCAUAGCCAUGGGAAACAGCAGCAUCCUCAUCAGCUGGAAACCACCCAUCAGCACCUCUGCAUCCAUCAGUGGCUACAUAGUGGAGUGGGCAGACACACACAGGAGCCUGGAGCCCCAUCCAGCCUGGGUAAAGCUGCCAGCAUCCAACCUGUCCACAGUGAUAGCAGAACACGUAAAAGAUGAGGUGUGCUAUCAGAUCAGUGUAUUCGCACUCUAUCAGGACAGAGCUGGACGGGCUGCAUCAGUUAAGGGAUACUCAAUUGCAAAAGCUCCAUCAGCUGGGCCCCAGAUGUACACAACCCCGCAUGCAAACGGCAUCUUGGUUUCAUGGGAAGCAAUCCCGGCCCAGCAGCAAAGGGGCUGCAUCACAGGGUACCACAUAUACCUGCAGAAAAGGGACAGGCAGGCUGACCCACGUGUCCAUGCCGUCUCCAGUGCGACAGCCCAGCGCUCACUGCACAUCACUGACCUGCAGCCCGGGGAGCACUACGUCCUGUGGAUGACGGCAUCGACGCCGGCAGGAGAGGGGCCCGGGGGCAACAGCGAGCUCAUCUGCUUGGAAAAUGCUGGGGAAUGGAUGGCUGUUGUGCUUACCUGCAGCCUCUUCCUCUUCUCAGCCUGCAUGUGUUCCAUGCCUCCAGCAAGAAAAGCAUUACACUCACUCCUCACCAUACUCGUACCGCAGUGGCAGAGCAAAGCCAUUCCAGACCCAGCCAACGCUACAUGGGCCAAGAACUACGCAUCUGUGAAGGCAGAGCUGCGCUGGCCCUCCAGCCUCUUCCUGCCCAGCGCCAGCACCUUCGAAGAGCCUGAACCAACACAAGUCGAAGAAGCCCUUGUGAAGGACAGGGCCCUCCUCAGCAGCAGCGGCAGGCAGGGCCGUGGGGACUGGGCACUGCAGAGCAGCCGGGGGCACGAGGAGCCCCGCUACGAGCCUGUCCCCAGCACAGCAGAUGGGGAGGUCUGCGAGCAGCAGCUGCCAGACCUCUACAGGAGGAUGGUGGAGGAGGAGCCCACGGGGCACACGCAGAACGUCCCCGAGUACAUCGCCAACCCCAGCACCAGCACAGCCCCCCCGUGCCUGCCCCUGGGUGCGGGCACUGCUGAAGAUCUCCCCGAACUCGAGUGCCACGCGCUCUCCGUGUUCCCCACAACCUGCUUGACGCCCGUGUUUCCCUAUGGAGGGAACCUCACCUUGGACGCGGUGAAGAUCAACUGCAGCUCGUUCACCAGGUAGGAGCUCGGGGUGACGGGAGCCCGGCUGAACAGCUCCUGCGCUUCACUGGGGGCACAGACAG